AUGAACGCUCUAGACAAUUACCUCAUGCAGGUGCAGCAGGCCACCAGGCUGCGUUCCAAGAAGCUGUCUGAACAGCUCGUCACUUUGUUGCUGCUCCAUCCGCAAGUCAACCCUGCGGUGGUGAUGUUCAACAAUCUUGGAAAUUUGGAUAAAACCCAAAUCGCCAACGCCGUGGACGCCCGAAAAUUCUACAAUGACGACUGGAUAGCAUUCAACCAAGUUGUGGUGUCAUUUAUUCACCUCGCCAACCAGAUCAACCCAUGGUCGUCGCUCGAGUCCUUUGACUUAUACUCAACAUACAUAAAUGACUUGCUGAUAGCGUUCACCAACAAGAACCACGGAUAUUUGUUGUCGCCAUUGAUAGAAAGUUCGAUGGAGUUUGUGAUUCCAUUGGCUACUCAAUUGGAUUUCCAGCUUGUGGCGAAGGAAAUGAACAGAAAGCCUCGCUUGACGUAUUUGGCAGCCAUUUUGUUGAAAAUUUUCAACAACAUCCGGUCCCAACUUGGGGCUGGGGACCAGGCCGAGACAGUUAAAAGGUCCAUCAUCCUCUACAUUGGAACUAAGCUCUGUCUGACGUAUUUUAAGCUCUCCAACCCACUUCUUUGUCGAAAUGUGUUCUCAAACAUGAACAACGCCAGCUUGCAGUUCAAGAGGUUCCCCAUGAACCAGCAAAUUCAGUAUCGCUACUAUUUGGCCAAGUUCUACUUGGUUAAGUACCAGUUUGUUGAUGCGUACCAGCACUUCAAGUGGUGUCUAGACCACUGUCCAAUUAACUACCUAAAGAACAACGCCAAUGUGUCAAGAAUUCUUCGGGAAUUGAUUCCAGUGGCCAUCAUCUUGGGCAAAACCCCGAACUUCGGCUCCAUAUACCAGACAUUCUACACCUCUGCUAGCAAGGCUCCGCUGUUUCUUGCCAUAUACCUGGAAUUGAUGAGCAUUGUACGUAAAGGAUGUUUCUAUGAGUUCCAGAGAUUCAUUACUGCCAACUUCGAGGUGUUGCAGUACCACAAACAGCUCCUUUUCAUCUCCAACAAGUCCGCAGUGGUUCUCCUUAGAAACUUGUUGAAACGAGUGUGGCUAAUUGAAGGGUCUACCACCAGACUUUCCUACGAUAGUGUAUCCAUUGCACUAGCCACAUCACUACAAGGUGUACCAUUGGGUUCUGUGGCUGAUUUUGUGCAUACAAAGGCUGGAAACAAUAGUGUUGACGACCAAUUGGUUGAAAAUUGUCUCGUAACCCUCAUUGACCAGAAUCUACUCAAAGGAAAGCUUUUCCCCAGAUUACGGGUGGUUUCACUUAGUAAAACUGGCGCCUUCCCUUCCGUUGAUACCAUUGACUUUGUCAAGUUUGGCAACGGAAGUGAAGGUACCUUGAACUAUACGGACAAGUGGAUGGAAUAG